GGAGUACUUUAACAGAUCCAAAGUCCCGUAGUCCCUGAUUCAUACAUCUUCAAGACGUCCUCAAAGUGUUCUAUAAAGUACUUGCGUAGAUACAUCAUUUACAGCCAGGUUCAGUUUUACGUUUCCAGCUCGGUCUACAGUACCCAUACUGCCUUAGUUCCAGCAUUUCUGAUUGCUCAAAUCCCAAAUCUCCACCACCACACACCAACAUGUCCCUCUCAAUCCACGAAGUAGCAGCCAGCGCAGUCCAAGCCAGGUCCCGCAUCGCCUCCCACAUCUACACAACCCCCCUCCUCCCAGCCCGCACAACAGGCCGCGACACCAACGCCAAAGUCCUCUUCAAAGCAGAAAACUUUCAACUCACAGGCUCCUUCAAACUCCGCGGCGCAACCUCCAAAAUCUCCGCAUCCCAAGCAACCGGCUCCCAAAACGAUGCAAAGCUCAUCACAGCAUCCUCGGGAAACCACGGCAUCGGCGCCGCCCACGCAGCCCACGCCCUAAACCGGUCCCUCACCGUCGUCCUCCCAGAGACAGUCUUCCCCGCCAAACUCGCCAAAAUCAAUGCCCUCGGCGCCACCGUAAUCCUCCACGGCGCAGAAACAGGUCUCGCGGAACAACACGCCCAACACCUCGCCGCUUCGGAGGGAUACACCUACAUCUCACCCUACAACGACCCCCUUGUCGUCGCAGGGCAAGGCACAAUCGCCCUCGAGAUCCUAGAACAGUGCGCCGCCCAAGGGAUCCCCCGCCUCGAUAACAUCUUCAUCGCGAUGGGCGGUGGGGGACUCAUCAGCGGCAUCGGGUCCGUUCUCAAGGCGUUUGCUCCACACGUGAAAAUCUACGGCGUCGCGGCGACGAAUUCGCAGGCUCUUGCGGAGUCUAUCCGUGCUGGGAAGGUUGUGGAGACGGAGCAUUUGCCUACGCUUGCCGAGGCGGUGGCGGGCGGGAUGGACGAGGACUCGAUUACGCUUCCGCUUGCGAGUGAGGUGGUGGAUCGGGUUAUUGGAUGUAGCGAGGGAGAGAUUGCGGAUGCGAUGAAAAAGAUUGCGGUGGAGGAGAAUAUGAUUGUCGAGGGGGCUGCUGCGUUGGCGCUUGCGGGGUUUGAGAAGGUCAAGGGGGAGGUUGAGGGCCAGACGAGUGUUGUUUUGCUUUGUGGGGGAAAUGUUGAUCAGGGGGUUGUUAAGAAGAUUAUCUAUGGCUUGGAAUAGUUAUAACGGGUUGUGCGUGGACUUUUUGAAGACUCUGUUUCUGUAUAGAUAUCGGACUGCUUAAUAGGCAGGGUAAUGGUUGCUCAAGUCGACAGCCGUAGACGAGAUAGAUUUAAGCUUGGAACAUGCUAGACUUUCAAUAAAGAAACAUGGUAUGCUGGGUACG